AAGUAUUGUGGGCGGGGACGGCUGUGUACUGUAACCAUUGACAGUGAGCUAAACUCGAGAGUUCGUCCGAAUUUUGAAGACGCCGGGACUUUUGCAACUGGCGUUAAUAGUUCUGUUUCCCCCUUUAGCUUUUACGUGUGUAAACGUGAAAACCCACCUAGAGAUGCAGACAGCAUGACAGCAAGAAGCUGCAAGAUUUAAACUUCGCCUGUAGCCCAAAAUCCUACUAGUGUACCACGGAAGAGGACAUCGACUUUGUCAACAUGAGAAGCCGAAGCAACUCCGGUGUAAAACUCGACAACUAUGCCCGGAUUGUACAACAGACCAUUCUUCGUCACCAAGACCCUGUCACUGGUCUGCUGCCGGCCAGCGAGGACCAGCCGGACUCCUGGGUCAGAGACAACGUCUACAGCAUCCUGUCGGUCUGGGCGCUCAGCCUGGCCUACAGGAAGAACGCGGACCGUGACGAGGACAAGGCCAAGGCCUACGAGCUGGAGCAGAGUGUGGUGAAACUCAUGAGAGGUCUACUACAGUGCAUUAUGAGACAGCUUGACAAAGUAGAGAAGUUCAAGUACAGUAAAAGUCCGUCCGAUUCGCUCCAUGCUAAGUACAACACGCACACCUGCGCCACCGUUGUCGAGGACGACCAGUGGGGCCAUCUCCAGGUAGAUGCCACCUCCCUCUUCCUGCUGUUCCUGGCCCAGAUGACUGCCUCAGGUCUCCACAUCGUCUACACCCAGGAUGAGGUGGACGUAGUUCAGAACCUCAUGUUCUACAUCGAGGCAGCGUACAAAGUAGCGGAUUAUGGGAUGUGGGAAAGAGGAGACAAGACCAACCAGGGCAUAGCUGAGCUCAACGCCAGCUCCAUAGGAAUGGCCAAGGCAGCUCUGGAAGCGCUGGAUGACCUGAACCUGUUUGGAGCCAAAGGAGGACCAGGAUCUGUGGUGCACGCCCUGGCAGACGACAUCCAGCACUGCCAGUCCAUCCUGACCUCCAUGCUCCCCAGAGCCUCCAUGUCUAAAGAGGUGGAUGCCGGCGUCCUCUCCAUCCUCUCCUACCCCGCCUUCGCUGUGGAGGACCUGAGCAUCGUCACCCUCACCAAGGAGGAGAUCAUCUCCAAGCUGCAGGGUCGAUAUGGGUGCUGCAGGUUCCUCAGAGAUGGACACAAGACUCCUAAAGAGGAUCCUCAGCGUCUGUACUAUGAGUCAGCAGAGCUGAAGCUGUUUGAGAACAUUGAGUGUGAGUGGCCGCUGUUCUGGACCUACCUCAUCCUGGACGGCAUCUUCAUCAACAGCCCUGAGCAGGUCCAGGAGUACAGAGAGGCCCUGGAGGGGAUUCUGAUCAAACAGAAGGACGGCAUCAGACUGGUGCCGGAACUGUACAGUGUUCCUGCUGACAAGGUGGAUGAGGAGUAUUUGAAUCCCCACACGGUGGAGAGGAUUCCCCUGGGGAAGUGUCCUCUGAAGUGGGGCCAGUCUCUCUACGUCCUGGGCAGUCUGCUGGCUGAGGGUUUCCUGGCUCCAGGAGAGAUCGAUCCUCUCAACAGACGUUUCUCCACCAUCCCCAAACCUGACGUGGUGGUCCAGGUGUCGAUCCUGGCGGAGAACGAGGAGAUCAAGGAGCUGCUGCUGAAGAACAGUAUCGAGGUGGAGACGUUAGCAGACAUCCUCCCCAUCCACGUCCAGCCCUCCAGUGUGCUCAGUCACAUCUACGCUAGGCUAGGUUGUAACCAGAGGCUGGGGCUGACAGGCCGACCCUACAGGAGGAUGGGAGUGCUGGGGACCUCUAAGUUCUACAUCAUCAGAAACACCAUGUUCGCCUUCACCCCUCAGUUCAUAGACCACCAGCAGUUCUACCUGGCGCUGGAUAACAGGAUGAUUGUGGAGAUGCUGCGUACAGACCUGUCCUACCUGUCCUCCCGCUGGAGGAUGACUGGGAGACCUACCGUCACCUUCCCCAUCUCCCAGACCAUGCUCACUGAGGACCAUUCAGAUCUGGACCCUGCAGUUCUGGCCACACUGAAGAAGCUGCAGGAUGGGUACUAUGGAGGAGCCAGGGUCCAGACAGGGAAACUGUCUGAGUUUCUGACCACUUCCUGUUUCGCCCACCUGAGCUUCCUGGACGGGAAGUCCCCUGGCGCCAUGGGCCAUUACCGUGACGACGAGGAGUACGACGGCAGUACGUACGACGAGCUAUGCUUCGAUGACGACACCGACGAUGACCUCGCUCAGUACCUUGACCGUCUGCUGGCCACGUCCACUGCCAAGUCGGGGUUAAAGGUCAGGGGUCAGCAGGGAGGCCUUGGCAAGUUCAGGGCGGCCGCCAACAAGACCAGAGAGAUGGUGUCCCUCGUCAACAAGGCCAAGGAGCUCAACAUCCACAGUGAGGACCUGAAGCCUCUACUGACAUCCUGACAUGGACCUGGAAACAUAAUCACCUUCUCUCUCUCUUUUUCUCCCUCUCUUCAUUCUGUCUCUCUCUUUCUCUCUCCUUCCCCUCCCCCCCCUCUCUCUCUC